GUGAGACCUCUUCCUUCUCCCACCUCUCAGAUUAAACCAGUUUGAUGGGACUUUAGUCUUCACCGUGUCGGGACUCGAGGCUCGGAGACGUUAUGAGGACAGUUUGGUCCCGGUAGUCAUUCCCAAAAAUGAGGAAGAGGGUGUGUUAGACAUUUACCUGACCGGGGUCACCUGUUGGGUUCAUGUCGGUCGUCGAAUUUCAUUGACACCAGGACGUUAAAACACUGGCUUCACUAAAGCGUAAAACAGAAAAGGUGUUUAAGGAUGCCAAGAAGAUCCUGAGACGUGUCCCCGACAUGAGUGUGACGUCAUGGUUCCUGGUCAGCAGCUCGGGCACACGCCACCGGCUGCCCCGGGAAAUGAUCUUUGUUGGCCGAGAAGAAUGUGAGCUGAUGUUGCAGUCUCGCAGUGUGGACAAGCAGCAUGCUGUGAUCAACUAUGACCCAAACAAAGAUGAGCACAUGGUGAAGGACCUGGGCAGCUUGAAUGGGACAUUUGUGAAUGACCUGAGGAUCCCGGACCAGGAAUACAUCUACCUGAAGCUGUCGGACGUCAUUCGUUUCGGUUAUGAUGUCCAUGUGUAUAUCUUGGAGAAGAGUCAACACAAGGUCCCAAAGGAAGUGCUGGAUUACAAAAGCCAGUCCAGUGCAAAAUCCAUGGAAGCCAAUUCGACGGAAAAACAGCAGCUCCAGAGCUCAGAAAAGAGCAAGGACCCUGUUUCCAAUGUCAAACUGCAGGAAAAGGCUGAGCGUAAGGCCCAGUUACUCACAGCUCCCACAGAUUCUCCAAAAUCCAAGCCUACUCCUCUGUACGGUCAACCAUCCUGGUGGGGUGAAGAUGAGGAGCAAGAUAGCACAAAGCAGAACAGAGGUGGAAAAAUGCCAGAGGAUGACACUUCAGAGCCUGCCAAAGAUGUACCAAGAUACGAGGUCCACCGUUCUCAGUCAGACACUCAGGUCAAGUCCACAUUCUCCUACCAUCGUGAGCCCAGCUACUUUGAGAUCCCAACAAAGGAAUUCCAGCAGAAACCUGCGAAAAGUCCAGACUCACAUGUUCACGAGGUGCCAACAAAGGAUACCUCAGAUUCCACUCAGUUCAUCCCCUCCACAUCCACGCCUCCUGUGGUCCAAAGCCAUGCCUCCUUCACCAUCGAAUUUGAUGAAUGCACUCCAGGUAAAUUGAAGAUUAAAGACCAUGUGACCAAGUUUGCUUUUCGCCAGCAGCAUAAGCAAACCUCCCCAGAGACCCCUUCCACUCCUACAGAGGUGUUAUCAGCAGAAAGCAAAGUAGCUGAUUGGCUGGUCCAAAGCAACGCUAGCAUGAUAAGGAGAACGUCACAGGGUGAAAAUAUAUACAGCACAAACAGUCACUCAUCAGAUCUGAAAAUAAGGAAUGCAAACUACAACGAGAACGGCUCUUAUAGUGAACCAGGGCAUUCUGUAUACAAUGCAAAUCAACCCCCACAAUCCAAACUUCAAGACGUUUUGCACGGUUCCCCUAAAACCUCAGUAACCUCUCCAAGUUCAGAGUCUUCCUCUCCACCAGAAUCUCAGUCUCUUUCCAGUCACAGUAAGGCGGAACCUAAUCAAGCCUUUGUCAUUGAGUUCUUUGACGAUAACUCAAGAAAGAAGCACUCUCAGUCCUUCACCCAUACUGCCACCCCACCUGAGUCCCCACACCUCCGGGUCCAGCAGGAUAAAAAGAGCUCAAGCCCAAAUACAGAGAGACAUGUCUCAUCUUCAUCCUCCAUUACUCCCCCAACCCAGCGUUACACUAUUCCACUGAAAGGGCCUGAUACUUCAGGAUUUCAAAGAGCUGGCUCUCUACGAAGGGAAAAGACAGAAGACCGGCUCAGCACCAGCUUUUCCUCUCGCUCUUCAUCAUCUGUCACUGUAAAACCUUUUAGCAGCGUCGGUCGGAGGUCCAAAAUCACAAAGGAAUUUAAUGCUGAAUUACUUAAACAGAAAGAAAAGUUUUCUUCCAGCAGGGAAAGAAAUGCUUCCAAUUCCCCUAAAGCAGCUCAAAGACGGACAGCGGCUGUUACACAGUCUGAGCAGAGGCAGUCAAGCCCUCCUCCACCUGUUGGACAUCUCCACCCUCAGACCUCCUCCCCUAUCCAUCCACCUGCUCCCCUAAAAACCACUUUCAUACCUACUCAGACUGUGGAAGUCAGGAGCCCCAGAAAUGAGGAGGACGACAGUCUAAGCGAUGCAGGAACUUACACCAUUGAAGCAGAUAUUCAAGAUAAGGAGUUGGAAGAGGCACGGAGCAAGAUUGACCAGGUGUUUGGUGUUGAGAGCCCAGAGCAAAUGAAGCAGACUGAAGCAGAAGCAUCCUCAGCAUUUAGGACUGUUAUUGAUCAGGGCAGGGAGGAGUAUAGGCGGAGUAGCUGUGAUGAGGGUUUUCCAGCUCCAGAGCAGGGACAAGGUCUAAAGGGGGUAAAGGUUCAGCCAGCAGGUGCCUUGGUACAGGGGGCGCCUAAGUGGAUGUCUUGCUGGGCCAGUUUGGCGGACAGCUACACAGAGUCUGGGCCUUCGUCUGGCCUCUUUGACAUGCCUUCCCAGAUGGAGCCGUCAGGAGGGGCACGGGGUACUAUCAUCCACAAGAACGCAGUCAGCCAAGACAAUUUGGAUGCAGAAAGUUCAAGGGCUCGACGCAUCCUUCAGUCCGUGCCGCACAGGGACAACAGCGACAUUCUGACUCCCAGCAUCCAUGUUCAUUAUAACCCAAACAUGACAUUCGACAUAGAGGACACUACCUCAGUAGCCCCCAAGCCUGAUGAUGGUGUUCACAGGUUAACAGUGCAGGAUGAUGUAGAGCCUGACAGCCUGAGCGAUGCCAGCAAAUCAGAUGAUGGGUCCAUUAUAGAGCAGAGUAGGAGACAGCUAUCCGAAGCAGAAGAGAAGCAAAAUGAAGACAACUCCAGACUUCCUUUUAAGUCCACGUCUUUUUAUAUCGGGUCAGAGGAGGAGUCCAAACCACAGCACGGAGUCUUUAAAAUCAGCACUCCUAAGGCUGAGAGAAAGUCUGUAUCUAGCAUCUUCUCAUCAGCCACUCUGACCAAGCAGAAGGGCAUUCAGAGCUCUGGCAUUAAGGUCACUGCUUCUGCUCCCAUAUUGAACCAAAGGACAGAUAGUCCAGAAGGUAAAGAAGCAGCAGCACCUUCUUUGAUCAGACAGGAGAGCUUCACCAAAGAGAGGCCAAGUAAUGCCAGACUGCCGAACAUCUCUAGUCUGCCUGUUCAAAGAGACCCAGACUCUGGGUUUCUCCAGGGGAACAGCAGUCAGGACACUCAAUCUUACCUCAAACAGACAGAGGAUGUUCUUGCUGUUCUGGAGGCCAAAUUCCAAGCAACGCCAUUAGUGACUACUCCAUCCCCCAUAAUGGACUCUCUUUCUGGGGACUCUGAUGUGGAUACGUCCAGCACUGUCAGCCAGCACAGCAAUAAGACCAAACCACAUACUCUAAUUAAGAAGACAUAUGCUGGUAUCCCUCAUAGAGACAGGAGAACUACGGACACUAUUAAUCAAGGGGUAAAUAACCAGACUGAAAAGCUGCAUUCUUGUGGUUCAAAUGGUGGUAACAAGGCAGAACCCUUCAGGAGGCAUGUUGGACUAAGACGUAGUGUGGGGAAGUCUGGCUCUACAGACCUGAGUGACGACCCUCAGAGCUUACCGUACUCCGAUCAGGAAAAUGGCAGCAACCAAACCCACAGAAAAUACACCCUGCCUCUUCAGAAGGAGGACGGCAAGUCCUCCAGAGUGUCUCAAAUGUUAAGCCGUGCCAACAGCUUAUCAGCCCCAAGACCCACAAGGGCCUCCAUGCUCCGACGGGCUCGCCUGGGAGAGUCCUCAGACAAUGAGGGUACAGAAACUGAUAGGUUAGCCCAAGAGGUGAACAGCCCUGCUGCAAAGCAGCCCCAAGAAGCCAAGAAACCCUCUAGACUGGAUAUGUUGGCCAUGCCUCGAAAGCGUACCGGCUCAUUCAAUACACCCAGUGACACAGAAGCUUCUUCCACCCCACAGUGGACGGGCAAGAGCACAAGCUUUUCCAGCCGCAGCAUAGAUCCGAGCAGCAGCUCCAAUCAACGGAUUUCUACUCCAGGAACCAAACCUGUGGAAAGGCCACAGAAGUCAGCGCUCAACAAAAUGCCAUUUUCUCGCUCACGCUCAGGCAGUGCCAAAUAUACCAGCAGCACAGCAAGCUCUAGGAGGCGACACAAGGGUUCUGACUAUACCUCUACCUCAGAUGAAGAGUAUGAAUCAAACUGGAGCAAUCUUAAACACAAACGCUCCCAACCUUCCCCAGCUUCUCAUACUCCACACAGUCAGGCCCGGCCUCAACCAGUGGUCGCCCAGCACCCAAAACCCCGCAGCAGAAACUCUGAUGAGGAGAACCGUGAAGGAGAAGCGUUCCACAACUGGUCCACCCACAGUGCUGAGAUUGCCCGGUUGAGUCAAGAUCUGGCCAAAGACUUGGCUAUCUUAGCCAGAGAGAUCCAUGAUGUAGCAGGUGACGGUGAUCCACAAACACCUGUAGCAGAGAACAGUGAACAGAAGGUCCCUUACGUCUCAGAGCCUGAGGUAAACCACAGAGUCCCACAAAGUCCUGCACCAAAAAGAGACUCUGACCCGAGAUCAGGCGACCAGAGCUCCAGGCAUUCAGCUCAAAACAGAAAAGAGGCUAAUGUGGAAGGUUUCAUCUUGAAUCCCAUGUAUCAAGUCACGGCAGCCAUCAGAGAAAACACAGAGCAACUUGCUGAGAAGAUUAAGGUUCUGUUCCAGGAUAAGUUGGAUAUCUGGGAGGACAUUGAGGCCAGAAUUAAUUCUGACAGUGACGUUACUGUUGGCAAACUUUCCGGCAAGGAAAUGGCAUCUAUUUUGAAAGAACUUCGAAGGGUUCAGGUCCAGCUUGAGGUUAUUAAUGCAGCCAUGGACCCCAGUGGUACAUGUGGAGCUACUAAGACUUCACCUCCUGCUGCUGCCUCCUCUUCUUCCUCUGAAGUUCAACCUUCCAGAACUUCCUCGUCUCGAGACUGGAGGACGGUCCACUCCGUCUCCAAACGCGGCGGCGGGCCAAGGCCCAGUGAGAGCGUCAGGAGGGCUGCCGUGACGCCAGACGACGUCCGAGAGGGAUAUUUAGUCUGAGGUCCAACAUGCACUGAAACACAGGUUUACGACCUCAGCUGCGUCUGUUCAGAAGCAGCUGUGUGCAAGUGAAACCAGACUGAGAGGAAGUGAAACUGGAUUUAAAAAGCUACGGUGAACUUACAAUGUUUUCACUUGUAGUUUUUUUGGGAGGCAUCUGCAUGAGGUAGUGAUUUAAGGAAGUAUCGUGACAUUUCAGUAAAUCUCACCUCAUAUUAUUAUACUUGAUUCUGUGUUGCACAUUGUUCUCUUUAUUUGCCAAUAAAAUAACUUUUAUAUCUGAUUUUUAAAAACAUGUAUCUCUGUAGUUAAUUGAGAACCAGCCUGAGUAUAAUCAUCUCAGGGAAAUCUAUAAAUUUAUGUUUAGCUGCAAAUUAUUUUUUUAAUAAAACCUUCAGAUAUUAGUAGACUGGUGUCCUCAGAACUGCAUUACAUUUCUCUUUAAAUGUAUAUUUUUCCAGUGUUUUUGUAUUUUCUCAGACUACAUUUAAUGUAAAAGAAGAAUGUAAAAGCUAUUUAUAAGUUGUUUUGUGAAGAACACAGCAGUAACUUUAUAGCUUCCUGUGUCAGAUUGUUGAAUGUUUUACACAGCUGCUUCAAGGCAACAAGGUGUGUUUUUUCUUAGGUUAUCGUCUCUUUAUGCAGGAGCUGUUUCUUUCAACCGAGGAUGGAUAUCCUUCAGGAAUGUGCAGUCUGAAUGGAAGGAGCUUACUCCAUUCCAGUUAAACCACCUUGCUGAACAAAGCAAGCGGUUAUUAUAAAAACGGCUUUUUAAGCAUUCCUGCUUUUAGGGGAAAAAGGUGGCGUUGAAACUUUUUAUGAUCUUUCCCUUUAAAAGCAGAGUUGAAAGAAAGAUUUGGCCAAAGACGAUCAGGAAAAGUUGCAAUUUUUUCUUUCUCCAUUUGAUUUUCCAUCCGAGCUCUGUGGUUAGAGGUUCAUUAUUCCCCCAGUCUGUUUGAUUCACUGUUGUUUGUCUGAAUAUAUCCGUACAUCCUAAAAAUUACCUCUUAAUUUUGCCCUUUUGCACUAAUGUAGAAUGUUUUCAAGUUAUUAUUCUAAGCAUUUUAAGAGGGUUAACUUACAGCAAGGAAAGCUUUUGUUUUCCUCUUAUCAAUGCAGAUUGUGCUGGUGAUUGUAACUGGGAAGAACCUAUAAGUGCUGUACAGCUGCGUGAGAGCCAGUUGAAGAGUUGUUUACAAAUUCAAGCAAAAGAAACAUUUAUUGUUGGGUUUCGAUAUCUGCUGCUGCUGCUGCUUCUUUAUGGAGAGGAAUUCCCUUUUUCCCCAAGAGUUACAGAGAAAGUGAAUCUUAUGUUUCAAAUUCAGUUUCUUUUUCCCACCCUAGAUGAUUGGGUUAUGAUUUGCUGGUCGUUUUUGAUGUUAUUGUUCGUAUAAGUUAUUAAAUGAUUGAUUUUUUUUUUUUUUUCAAAUAAAUGUAAUCGGCAAAUCUU